ACAAUAAAAGUCAAGGUCAAAGCCGCCAUAUUGAAAGAAGGGGGGAAGCCAUGGAAAACGUUUAGAAGGGCAUCAGCGGUCGGUUCCCCACUACACAUUCUUUUCGUCUCGGACUCUCGGUGUCAGUAACUUUCAAGUCCAGUGUGUGUGAGCCAACGUGCACUCACAGUUCAGGGAGUUUGAGGUCCAUAUCGGCGUCCAAGUUUGGAGAAAUAAACGAUAACCCAUUCUAGAAAUAUGGGUAAGAAAGUGACGAAUAAGUCGGUGUGUAAAGCAAAAGCAGCAGAAUGCACGAUCGAUAAAAACGCCCCCAAUCAGAUUCCUAAGCCGAUCUGUUCCGGACAGAGAAAAGAAUUGAUCAACGAGACAGAUUCCGGCCGGAAUAAGUGUUCUACUCAAACAAGGUCUUCAGUAAAUGGAAAAGAAAAGAUGAGUCAAGUGAACGCCACGCCGAAUCGAAAGAAGAUAAACAGCCUAAAACUGUCCGAAGUCGGAAAUGCUUCUGCCAAAUUAAUCGAGAGUAAAAUCAGCGGUCCAAAACACGAAGAACCACCCAAAAAGAAAACAACUAAAGAUGUGAGAAAAGACUCCGAAUGUCCGAUUCCUGAAAACCUUGAAGAAGAUAUACUGUGCUGCGAUCUAGACCAGCAAGAAGAUCCCAACCAAUACUCUGUAGGCGGUUUCCAUCCAGUGGCAAUCAGUGAUCUCCUUCACGACCGAUACUAUGUCCUCUGCAAACUGGGAUGGGGCACUUUCUCCACUGUUUGGCUCUGCUGGGAUCUGAUUGGGAAACGUUUCGUGGCCCUCAAAAUAGUCAAAAGCCAUCCCACAGACACGAAAUCAGCACUGAAUGAGAUCAAGAUUCUCCGUAGCGUUGGCAAGAGUCAAAAGGUGGUUCAACUUCUUGAUAAUUUUAAGGUCAACGGAGUUAAUGGCACACACAUCUGUAUGGUGUUUGAAGUCCUUGGUCAUAGCACUCUAAAGUUCAUCAGCCCUCUAAAACUAGGCCUUCCUUUGCCCACUGUUAAGACCAUCAUCCGUCAGGUGUUGGAAGGUUUGAAUGAAUUGCACACAAAGUGCGGAGUUAUACACACGGAUAUCAAGCCGGAAAAUAUAUUGGUUUGCGUCGAUGAUCCAUUCGUUCGGAAGAUGGCCGCUGACGUGUGGGAAUGCCACCGGACGGGAAAGAAACUCACGGGUUCUUUGGUGAGUUCGGCUCCACAGAAACUGCAGUCCUCCAGAAAGAACAAUGAUGAGAGAAAGGAAAAAGAAAAGGCACAGCUACUUUUAUCACAACUUCGACACAUUGAAAAAUACAGCCGCCAUUCGUCGACGGAUUCGUUGGAUGACACUAAACCAGUUCUUGAAGUGCCAUAUUCUGAUCUCCUCGUAAAAAUUGUAGAUUUGGGGAGUGCGUGUAGCGUGAAGAAUUCGAACUUUAGCCAGAAAAUUCAGACGAGACCAUAUCGCUGCCUGGAAUCGUUAAUCUGUGCCAAAUUCGGACCUCCAGCGGAUAUCUGGAGCACGGCUUGCGUGGCAUUUGAAUUGGCGACCGGUGACUACCUAUUCUAUCCGAAGGCUGGCGUCGAAUAUUCAAAGGAUGACGAUCACUUGGCACUCAUUAUUGAACUGUUGGGUGAAAUUCCAAAAGAUGUUUUGGCAUCGGGGAAAGUUUCGUAUCGAUUCUUUAGUGAAACGGGAGCUUUGUGGAACAUUGAAUCAUUUAAGCCAUGGGGUCUCUGCAACGUGCUGAUCGAAAAGUAUCGAUGGGGUGCCCGGGACGCUCACGAUUUUGCAGAAUUUCUCCAUUCCAUGCUGGCGUUUGAUCCCAAAGAGCGGGCCACAGCAGCCGAGUGUUUGCUUCAUCCAUGGUUGACUGGCGUACCGCGUAUCCUGUGACUGCCAGUCCACGAGUAACCUAAUUUUGCAAACAACAGAAGUUACUUCCUGAGUUCUGACCUAGAAGAAAAGAAAUAACUUCAUUAUAACAUUAUCGUUCCUUACUUCCUUUCCAACCGCCAAUAAUUCUGUUAAAUGUGUAAUCCAUUGAAGUAAUAUCUCGUAUUUUAACUGAACGUACAGUACACAUAUUUGAAUUUUGAAACCUAAAGACAUUUCAAUAAA